AUGAAGCACCCCACGGGAUCCCUGACAAAGGUUCAGCUGGACGCCCUUUUCAACAUUCUCACCCACGCUGAGACGUACGCCGAGAUUGAGGCGUUCAAGUACCCGGAUACUAUCCGCAGUAGCAGUAGCGGCAAGAGCAGCGGCGGGGCCGGUAACGAGGAUGUCAACCAAGACAAUGAUCAAGACAACAAAGGCGGCGACGCUGCCGUCACGCUGCCCACCAAAGAUGCUCACGAUGAGGAAGGCGCAAGCCACGAUAACAGCAACGGAAACAAUAAUGGCAACGGUAACAACAACGGUAACAACAACGGUAAUAACAACGGUAAUAACAAUAGUAAUGGCAACGACAUUAGCAACGCAGAGCACCGAGGGUUGGAGGACGUUUGGGAGGAGUUCAUCCAGCAGCUUGUCCAUGGCAAUCUAAUUGACGAGCUACAGAAGUGGCUAACAGAGACUGAGGACCUCGAGGGGUAUUCGGAGACUGUCAAAGGCGCAGCGGACUAUGCCAUCAUCAACCUCGCGAGUUUGCUGCACCAUGUGUUUGCCGUCACGCCCGAGGGCCAGUAUGUCCUCCGGCUAGUUCAAAACUCUCACCGCCUCAUCCCGUACAGCAUGAUCCGGCAAAUUCUGCGGUUGGGUAACGCCGCAACGAUGCUGAAUUCGUUGGUCAAGCUGCUUCUCGCUAAGCUUAGUCUGGGGUCGUUGUCGAACUGGACCGGCCUGACAUCCAAGGCGGACGAGGGCAUGAACUUGCUUCAGCGAAUCAUCUCCGCUGUCCUUUUCUGGGACUCGUCCGAAUUCAAGAAGACGGCGGACAAGAUUGAAAAAUCGAAAAUAGCGCCAAGCUCCAAGCACCUUCGAGUAAUCCGAAAACAUGCGCAAGGCACCAAGGCACAGAGGCUCGAACUUCGCAAGCGCAGCAUCCAGACCUCGAAGUCCGUCAUCAUGUGCAUCCUGGAAGAUGCGGACCCUAAGCUAGCAGCCGCACUGACAGAGGGCGAGCACCACGAGUGCCACCAGUAUUACGCUGCAUAUCUGUCUACCCGUGACCGUGACGCCAUCGUUAGCACCCUGUGUAAGCAAACCCCGGAUCUACUAACCCAGGCGGUCCGAGACGUCAUGGCCGUCUACGAACCCAUGAUCCGGGAUGUACAUAACAACGUCAACCUCGCGGAGCACCUCGACGCCACAAAAGCGUUUCUCGAGGAUAUGCUCGCCGUAAGCUCGAGCAAGAAAGUGGACGGUUCCGGUAAGAAUGGGAGCGACCCCGUUUACAUCCUCCCGACCGUGGAAGACUUUGUAGACCUUCUCCACCGACACAAGGGAUCGGUGUACAAGUGGAUGCACCACAUAUGCAGUAAGUGCCCUAGUGUGAGGGACGCGGUAGUCGAAUGGGCCCUAGGGGUGGCCAAGGCGUUCCGGCCAGAAGGGUCGCCGGCCACCCGAGACGGCUCCACGCUCCUCGAACGAGUCUCGGGCCUCUUCGCAGCCCUUCCAGGCGAACAGCAGGAUGCGUUUCGCAGCAUCCUCGAUCAACACGCCGUCUACCUCGACUCGGUGCGCGACAUCACACGGGGCCGGGUGCAGACCAUUUUCGACAAGUCCGACUCGAGCACGGCCAGGGGUCCCGGUAUGUACCUCGCCAGCUGGCAUUCCCUCAUCGACGAGGCGGCCAUCUCCCCCGACUUCUGGGGCAAAGAGCGGCGGGGCACGGACGUCAUCAACCGCAUCACGCCGGGCAAACCCAGCUCGAGCGGGGAGACGACGUGGGACGGCAACGUUGACCUCUCGCGGGCCAUGGAGGAGCUGGAGAUUGGCGAGAAGCUACGACCAAACACGAAGCCAGUGGUGGAGGCGCUGGGUGAGCCGUUCCGCGGCUUGCUGAGGGAGGUGGCCGAGCGGGUGGCCGGAGAAGCUCAGAUGGACAAGGGCCGGGAGGCUACGGCGUUUUAA